CGCAUGCGCAGUCGCGGUGCACUCUAAUGGAGGACAUGUCUGCCGUAUAAUCGUCUUUUUCUGUGCUAUUUUUCUUCGUUCGUGCACUCAACGACUCUCGUUUGCCCCCUCGACACGCGACAAUAUGGCUACAGACUCUGUGUCUCAGAGCUCUCAGAGUCCCGGAAUCAGGAUUAUGACCUUUCAUCCAACUAAAGAGGAGUUCAAAGACUUCAACAGAUACAUCACAUAUAUGGAGUCACAGGGUGCUCACAGAGCGGGCAUGGCAAAGGUUGUGCCACCCAAAGAUUGGAAGCCCCGGCGCACGUAUGACGACAUCGAUGAUUUGGUAAUUACCACCCCUAUUCAGCAGGUUGUCACCGGACAGUCAGGUCUCUUCACUCAGUACAACAUCCAGAAGAAACCCAUGACAGUCCGCGAGUUUCGCAAAACUGCCAACACAGACAAGUUUUGUAAUCCCAGAUAUGCUGAUUUUGAAGAGCUGGAGAGGAAAUAUUGGAAGAAUUUAACAUUCAACCCUCCAUUAUACGGAGCAGAUGUUAGCGGGACCCUCUAUGAUCCAGAUGUGAUGGAGUGGAACAUUGGUCAUCUGAACACUAUUUUGGACAUGGUAGAGAAGGAAAGUGGCGUCACAAUUAAAGGUGUAAACACUCCCUAUCUUUAUUUCGGCAUGUGGAAAAGCACAUUUGCCUGGCACACGGAGGACAUGGAUCUCUACAGCAUCAACUACCUUCACUUUGGAGAACCCAAGUCCUGGUAUGCUGUGCCUCCGGAGCACGGGAAAAGAUUGGAGCGUCUUGCCAGAGGAUUUUUUCCUGGAAGCGCGCAGAGUUGUGAAGCCUUUUUACGACACAAAAUGACUUUAAUUUCACCGUCAAUUCUGAGGAAGUAUGGCAUUCCCUUUGAGAAGGUGACUCAAGAAGCAGGAGAGUUUAUUGUGACCUUCCCGUUUGCAUAUCACGCAGGGUUUAACCAUGGCUUCAACUGCGCAGAAUCCACAAAUUUCGCCACCAGGCGUUGGAUUGAUUACGGCAAGCACGCAACAUUAUGUUCCUGUCGGAAAGACAUGGUGAAAAUAUCCAUGGAUGUGUUUGUUAGCAAAUUCCAGCCAGAGCGUUACAAACUCUGGAAGGCCGGAAAGGACAACGCACCCAUCGACCAUUCAAAGCUCACACCAGAAACACCAGAUUUGACAGACGGGAAGAGCGAGAUCCAGACGGGAGAGCUCGGAGACGGCAGCGGAGCGGAAGCAGAGGAGAAGCCUGAAGAACCGGAGCCUGAAGAGGAGCAGGAUGCAAACACUGAUGCGGGUGUUGAGGAGAGAGCAGGAGCGCUGGUUGGGGAGAAGGUGGAUGGAAAGCUGGAGAAAGAUGAAGAGUCGGCUCUUGGUGUUGAGGAGCCCAGCAGCACUUCAGAGCAGAACAACAGCCGUCCAAAGCAGAUUGCGGGGCAGAAGCGCCUGAGACCCACCAAUGACACCGGAGCGCAGGAUGAGGACAUUCAAGAAGAAGAGGACGUUGAGAAGAAAGCUAAAUUCAGUCAAGAUGAAACGGAUGUCAGGAAAGAACAAUCCAUCUCUGCUGAUCCAGGUGGAGGAAAUGUUGAGGAAACCAUGCAGACUGACACUCCUCCACCAAACGUGGAAGAUAAUCAAGCCCCUCCUCCUCAAACAGAGGAAGAGGUUUCUCCAUCAAACCAGCAGCCACAUCCCACCUCCAGCAGUGACAUCACAACUCAGGCUCAUGAAGGCAAUGACAUCAUAACUCCUUUCGAACCCAGUGAUGUCUCUUCAUCUUCACAAUCCAACAGCAUCGGUGAUGAGUGUGAUGAUGUCGACAUGGCUCAAAACAAUGAUAUCACCUCUCAGUCCGAUGCCAUCACUCAAAGCUGUGACAUUCGUACCAAACCUGAUGAUGUCACUCAAAACGGUGAUCUUGCUGAAGUUCAGCUCAGUGACGUCACACCCCAUUCAUGUUCCAGUGAUGUCGUUUUAGCAGAACAGUCUGCUCAGGCCAGCAUUAACUCCACCCAUGUCACUCCAGAACCCAGCGACAGCACCAUCAGCCCAAAGCAUGAAGCCAGCAAUAACUAUGAUGUCACCCCUGAAUCCAGCCACAGAACCAUAAACACCAUCAGCCCUAGUGAAACCAGCCUUAACUCCACCCACAUCUGUGAUGUCACCACACAACCCACCCCUAUACACGAACCUGGCAUUAGGUCCACUCACACCUAUGAUGACACUACAGAACUUGGGAACAGCACUGAGCCUGACUUUAGCUCCGCCCAUGUUUAUGAUGUCACCACAGGUCCCAGCAACCCCCCUGUCAGCCCUAAAUACGAGGCCUGCUUUAGCUCCACCCACAUUGAUGAUGAGACCCUGAAACCCAGCAACAAUACCGUCAGCCCUAAACGUAAGCCCGACUCGAGCCCCGCCCACACAUACGAUGUAAUCGCAGAACCCAACAUUAACGCUGUCUGUGUUAAGGUUGAGUCUGUCCUUAGCUCCGCCCACACAGAUGAUGAGACACUUGAACCCAGCAACAACUUCAUCAGCAUGCAAUGUGACCCUGCCCUUAGCUCCGCCCACACAGAUGAUGACACCCUCGAGCCCAGCAACAACAUCAUCAGCUUGAAAAGUGACCCUGUCCUUAGCUCCGCCCACACUUAUGAUGUCACCACAGAUCCCAGCAACCUCCAUGUCAGCCCUAAACACGAGCCCUGCUUUAGCUCCACCCACAUAGAUGAUAUGACCCUGAAACCCAGCAACAAUAUCGUCAGCCCUAAACGUGAGCCCGACUCGAGCCCCGCCCACACAUAUGAUGUAAUCCCAGAACCCAACAUUAACGCUGUCUGUGUUAAGGUUGAGUCUGCCCUUAGCUCCGCCCCCACAGAUGAUGAGACCCUUGAGCCCAGCGACAACUUCAUCAGCAUGCAAUGUGACCCUGCCCAUAGCUCCGCCCACACAGAUGAUGAGACCCUCGAACCCAGCGACAACCUCAUCAGCCUGAAAAGUGACCCUGUCCUUAGCUCCGCCCAGACUUAUGAUGUCACUGCAGAACCCAGCGAUUCUAAAGUCCUGGAUCUGUCGGAGUUGCCGUGUAGCUCAGUGUUAGCAGGCAGCAGUCAGGUGAACCAGCCUUCGGUCCAGUAUAUCUUCCAGAGGACUCUGAGCCCAGCCGAGGUGCUACACGUCCACAGCUAUGCUAAAGGAGAUUACAGCGAGUUGGAACCACGCAUCAAGCCCGAAAGAGAUCGAGACAGCGAUUCUUCAGAUACAGAGUCUCAGAAAACAUCUCGACUCAAACUCCCCAGACUCCCUCGCCAUCAUCCUGCGAUGAGGGACAGUGAUGAAGAGCUACAGGAGGCGUCAGAAGAGGACGGUCUGGACGGAGAGGCUUGGGCUCGACCUCUAACCCACCUGUGGCAGAACAAACCAUAUAAUCCAGAGAUCGAGCGAGACUACAACAGAAAGAGGGGUCUCGUACCACCCUACUGUGCAGUAUGCAUGCUCUUCCAAGCAUACCAGCAGACUGAAGGUGGCGACCGCGAGCCGGCCAUUGUGCUUCCAGGGGGUCAGAUGAAAACCAAACCUCUGAUUCCAGAGAUGUGUUUCAGCCAAACCACAGAAGACGGCGCAGAUGUCCACCUGUCCACACCUCACCUGGAUGUAGGAGGAACCAGUCUGCUUAUCAGCUGCACGAACUGCAACGUCCGCGUCCACACAAGUUGUUAUGGUGUGUCUGCAGUAAAAGUCACAAAGAGUUGGAAAUGUGCUCGCUGUAAAGCCAAUGCAUUCACAGAGAGCUGUUGUUUGUGUUCAUUGAGAGGAGGUGCAUUACACAGAGCCAAUAGCGACAGAUGGGUUCACGUGGUGUGUGCGGUGGCCGUACUGGAAGCACGUUUUGUCAACAUCACCGAACGAUCUCCUGUGGAUCUCAGCGGCAUUCCCUUACAGAGAUUUAAACUGAAGUGCUAUUACUGUAAAAGACGGAUGAAGAAAACAUCGGGAUGUUGUGUGCAGUGCUCUCAUGGCCGCUGCCCAACGUCGUACCACCCCACUUGCGCUCAGGCCGCCGGCGUCAUCAUGCACCCGGGCGACUGGCCGUUCGUGGUCCACGUCUCCUGCUUUCGUCACAAAGGAACGGUGCAGUCAGAGCGAAGCGCAGCAGCCAUGAGAUCUGAGCUCAGCGUGGGUCAAAGAGUCAUCUGCAAACACAAAAACGGCCGAUAUUACCAGUGUGAAGUCAUACAGCUGACAAAAGAGACGUUUUAUAAGGUCAACUUUGAUGACGGAUCUUUCAGCGAUAACCUUUUCCCAGAGGACAUUGUGAACCGUGACUGCGCUCAGCUGGGUCCACCUCCUCAAGGUGAAGUGGUUCAGGUCAGAUGGACGGAUGGUCUUGUGUACGGAGCCAAAUUCGUGUCCGCUCGUGUCAUACAGAUGUACCUGGUGGAGUUUGAGGACGGAUCGCAGCUCACGGCAAAGAGAGAAGACGUCUACGCUCUGGAUGAAGAACUUCCCAAGAGGGUCAAGUCUCGCCUGUCCAAGGCAUCUGAUAUGCGCUUCGACGAGAUGUUUGGAGAGAAGAAGGUUCAGGAAAGCAAGAGGCAGAGAGUGAUCAACUCCAGGUACAGAGGGGACUACAUCGAACCCGUCAUCUACCGAGCCAUCAUGGAGUAGCCGGCAAUGACGCGGCCUUCAUUCAAAACCACCAGCACCCAUCCGGCAGAUUUUAGGAUCAGAUGGGAGAUGGGAUCAGAUGCCUGGGUGGGUUUGACCACUUCCUCAAGACUCCUACAUGUUCUUACAGUUUUCUGGUAUGGAUGUGGAGUCGAGGCAGGGUGUUUAUGUUGAUAUUUUUAAUGAAUUUUCAUGGCUUUGUAAUCUAGCACUUACUGGAAACAUCAGCAGCAUCGUAUUCUCCCUUUAUAAACAACCACAGGAUACAGUAGCUUGUAACUCGUGUAAAAACAAUUUUAUUUCAUACCAUCAUAUCUGUACCAGUCUUUUACAGAAUGGAAGGUGUCAUUUCAUUUUUAUGAAUCCAAAUCUUUUUUUUGUUAAGACGGAUCCUGAAUAUUGUACAUUUAGUGGAACAUAAUUAUUUUAGUGUAAAUCAUUUUUAUUGUUUUAUGAGCCUAUUUAUGACCUGGUGCUUUCUGAAAGUAACUUUCGCAAUAUCCUCACGAGAUACUGUUCUGUGGAAGUCUAUGAGGUGUGUUUUGUUUCGGGAAAGAUGCUGAAAUGCCAAGAACCUCUCACUUCCAUCCGAGCCCUGCCUUGUACUCCGUUUCAACACAUUUUUUAUUCAGGCAUUUUUUUAUGUAGCUUACUGCUGUCAACAUAUUAUCAAAUCCCCCGAUGUUCUUAUAAGCUAUUUUUGCACUUUUUAACUAUACUUGUAUGAAUUUUAACUGCUUCUCGGUUGUAGCCAAACUCCAGAGAUAAAAGCGAGUGUCAGGGCCCAUUGCAUUGACAUCAGCUUUUAGAGAAAGAUUGUUCGAGUCCCUCCUUUGUUGGUUUGUUAGAGGGCAAAUUUUCACCAUAAAGGAAUUCUACAAGUUUUUUCUAUGAAGAAACCUUUGUUUUAUAAGACAUGUUUAAUGUUCAUAAACUGUGAGAUAGAUUUUGUAUGUAGUUAAUUUAAAAAUGUUACGCUUUCAGCAAGGUUUUGUUUUGAGUCUUGUUCUCACUCCUCUUAUAAACACAGAGGCUUUAUAAACUCAUGUAUUUUGUAAAAAUCAUUAAUGUGCGUUAGUAAAGAAUGUGGCCAACAUCUU